AUGAAUCAGGGAAACGAUUUUUGGACGGUUUACCCGAUUCCUGGCUAUGUUCUCAAAUUUAAAACUGCAACCUACAACAAUUCGCUGACGGGCAAAGAGCCGACAAAAUGUUUCGUGAACAUUUGUCAUUGCAAAGAACUUCCGGAACCGAUUGAUGACAUUGAUGAGCAACAGUUAGCCGCUCGUAUUGAUGCUGGGGAUCACUCAUUUCGUGUUCCGUUGAGUGUCGGUGAGAUUGAUGUGAUCAAAGACAAUAAAAAGGAUAAUGCUUUGAAGGUGGAUGUUAUUGUGAACUCGACCUUCUACGAGAAACGCUUGGAACCGGAGGAGGCGAAUUUUUUCCGGCACUACAUCUGCAUGGUGGUUUGUGAUGCGAUUGAAAAUAAGCACAAAAUCGAGCUCAACCCAAACGAUGCGUUAAAGUUGCAACGGCCGCGGAUUGGCGUGAUCGAACCGAUGCAAAUUUUCAAGAAACCAAGGAAAAGUGAAAUCAUUUCCGAGGUACAGCCAACAAAAGAAUCGACAUCGAAAAUUGGAAGUAUCACACCCGAGACUGAAGCUGAGGAGACUUUUGAUGGUUACGAGCAACCGAAAGGUGUGACGAUGCGUUGGCUCCGAGGCGAACUCUUGGAGAUUCGAUUGGAAUUGCCCGCAACAGAAAGAAUCGAUUCAAAAGAAAGCCUCUUGUUGAAAGUGAAAUCGGAUCGACUGUUGUUGGCGGCGAAGAAAAGUCACUCGUUGUUUGACUUUCAUUUUCCGGUGUUAAUCGAUCCAUCAACGACUCGCACAAAGCUCAACCUCGAGAUGCAGCAAGUGACUGUUUGUGCAAAAACGAUAUUACCG